AUGAACCCGUUCACACUCCACCGCGACAAGCCGCCAGAUCCCCCCCAAUACAGCGUCACUCUUGAUGCCGUCGAAGAGUCCAUUCGCCCACCGCCUUGCCCAUGCGGCGACUGCCAGGAGGAUUUCUUCGCCACCUCGGAGCAACGCAGCCCCGAACAUUCCUACCACCUCAGACUCUCCGAUGCCGAAGCAGAGCGCAACGCGAGCUCCCUCGUGCAGAGUCUCCAUCGCAGCCAGAACCACUUGGCCAAGCAGAUCCAAGUCUCUGGGGAUGUCUUGCUGAGUCGGUGGAAGAAGCGAAGCCAGGCGAAGCGAGCGGCAUUGCUGAAAGAGGUAGCGCCCGACCUUGAGGAGCAGCAGUGGCUUCUUCCGCGAUACGCGUACAUGCGCGAGAAGUUCUACACCCACGCCAGAAGCCCGACUCGCAGACGUCAACUGCUUCUGCCCUGGCUUAACGUUCAUGUCCUCAAGACCAACCCCGCUGUGCUUUUCGCUCUUCUCCACUACCGAACUGCCUACCCUCCCCAGUCGUGGGCACCUUUCGACAGCAGACAGCUCACUCUCGGCUGGGCCGCUGGCUUCUUUGACGUCGACUUCUCUGCCAAAUGCGUCGUCAUGUACGGAGGCCGAUAUGGUUCGCUGGUGGAUUGGGAGGCAAAGACUGCACACCGCGCUGAUACUAUCGGGUAUCCCAGAGCCAUGCUGGUUCUCGAAGCCCAGUCCUACCUUCUCAAGGUUCUAUGCAACAUCGUCGACAAGAUCCUCGAAGGAGUCGACCCUCUACAACCCCCACGAGCCGAGAACUGGCACCAGCUUGUCAGCCACGAAGCCUUCCGAGAGACGGGCGCAGUCGAGUUCUGGUCCCCUUACACCAACCAAGCCUUCUACCGUCCUCCCGUGUUCAACUGCGACUACCUUCUCAACCUCGCAAAGUCUCGCCUCGAUGAGACGGGCGAUCAUCUCUGGUACCUACAAUGCGACGGCGCGUACAUGAGAAGACACGUCAAGAUCAUUUUCGCGACAGAAAUCUUCAAGAAGGCGUCAGAAACGCAAAGAGCUCAGAUGCUUGCCCAGCGUAUUGGUGUCGAAUUCCAGAGCCAUUGUUGGUGGCGAUGGAUUGAGAUGGAGUGCAAGCAUGUCGAGGCGGUGCGCAAACGGUUCAGCGACAGUAUUUAUCCCGGUAUGCCCUUGCCGCCGAAAUACGACAAGGCCCUGGGUGCUCUUGAACUUCUGCUCGUCAACCAGGUCAUAUACAGGACCACUCUCCUGGAGCGAGUAUUGCCGCAUAUCCCAGGUAUGCAGAAACACUGGGCAAUCGAUCUUAGCCAAGCUACGUCCAAGAGCCUCGGCUUACUGAAACGAACAACGCUUCCCAAUACCCAAGAGUCUCUUGAUGAUGACACCCUCGACUGGUGUCUUGUGCAGUUACAGGGUCAGCCCGAUGACCAGAGGCACUUCGACCAUGCCAUGCUAUUCGCCAUGCUUCAGGAUCAUUUAUCCAGCAACCCGUCCGAGGGGAAGAGGCUGGAUGAAAUCACCUACCAGAUACUCUCUGACCUAUCAACAUGUCACGAAAUGCUCAUGGCUGUUCGGUCGCACAGGCCCCGCAAUGUUGCGCGAACAUUGCCCGACGUCUACGACACAGAACGCCGCGAGUCUUGGAAGAUGCGCGAUUCUACCAAUACCUAUGGCCUUCAGUUGGAACGCGCUGGGACAGCACUUAUCAGGGAUUUCUACCACGUGAAGCCACCAACAGGUCCCAAGAACGCCGCCUGGAUUUCGCAGUCUCGCGCCCUUCGUGCUGCAAUGGAGAGGUUUUGGACAUCGAUUACGGGAGUCAUGAGAGAGCACAUCAGACAGAACGAUCCUGUCUUCACUGCAGAUGAGGUGAACAGCCUUCUUGGUAUCAUUUCAGCGCACCUCAGUGAGCAGUACAUCCAGGAUGAGCAACGCGCUGAGGCUGAGAUCCUUGCCACGAUCCAGACCCCAGAGCUUCAGCCCAUCACCAGUACCUUCAGCGACGUUUCUCAACCGGGUCCCGCGUUGACUGCGACAGUUCAGGGUCGAGAGAAGGUCAAGACACGAGGGGACCAGGGGUCUUCUGCCAGUGAUGCCACAGAGCCACGAGCUGAAGACGCAGGUGAGGUGACUGAAGACACGGUCAUCGUAUUGCCUGAGGAUUCACUUGGAGUCAUUCACCUCAUGUUUCCCAGCAAGGACGACACUGCCAAGGAAAUCACCUGGAAUCCAUUCGUCAACACGAUGAACAAGGCGGGCUUCACAGCAAGGAACAACACUGGUUCGGCGGUGGCUUUUAAGCAGGUGUCUGGAGAGGGAGGAAGAAUUGUCUUUCACAAGCCGCAUCCUUCUGACAAGAUUGAUCCGAUCCUCUUGAGGAUCAUGGGCAAGAGAAUGGCGAAGUGGUUUGGUUGGAAGCGGGAGCUUUUCGCUCUAGAGGGCAAGGAGACCUCGGGUGUCCAGGGAUAG